GGGUGGAGGAGGAUGAAUUGGCGGCGGGGAUGAAUGUGAGCUGACGGAGGGAGGUGUUCUGAAAGCAGAGAGGAAAAGGAAAGAUGACCACAGUUCCCAUGAUGCAUGGAGAGAUGACUGCACUUCCCAUGAUGCACCGGGAAGGGAGCGUAGGGAAGAAAGACUGCAUGUCCCGCGAUGCUCUCGGCGAGCGGGUGGCGGAGACCGAACCGGAAGACGUUUUCUGGGUCUGAGGAGUGGAGUGACUGAUACUGAACAAGCAAAAGUCCAAUAUGAAACUGUAUUGCCUGUCAGGGCACCCAACCUUACCAUGCAAUGUGCUCAAAUUCAAAUCAACCACCAUUAUGUUGGACUGUGGACUGGACAUGACUUCCACCCUCAAUUUCCUUCCUUUGCCACUUGUUCAAAGUCCCAGGCUGUCUAAUCUUCCUGGCUGGUCCCUCAAGGAUGGAAAUGCCUUCUUGGACAAGGAGCUAAAGGAAUGCUCUGGUCAUGUAUUUGUGGAUUCUGUGCCCGAAUUCUGCCUACCAGAGACCGAGCUAAUAGAUCUGUCUACGGUAGAUGUGAUCCUCAUCUCUAACUACCACUGCAUGAUGGCUCUGCCCUACAUCACGGAGCACACCGGCUUCACGGGCACGGUGUACGCCACGGAGCCCACCGUUCAGAUCGGCAGGCUCCUCAUGGAAGAGCUGGUGAACUUCAUUGAACGAGUGCCCAAGGCGCAGUCUGCCUCCUUGUGGAAGAACAAGGACACUCAGCGGCUGCUGCCCUCUCCUCUCAAGGAUGCAGUGGAAGUAUCAACCUGGAGAAGAUGCUAUACAAUGCAAGAGGUGAACUCUGCCCUCAGUAAAAUCCAGCUGGUGGGAUAUUCUCAGAAAAUUGAGCUUUUUGGUGCGGUCCAGGUGACCCCUCUAAGCUCUGGCUACGCCCUUGGAAGCUCCAACUGGAUUAUCCAGUCCCAUUAUGAGAAAGUGUCCUACGUCUCUGGAUCCUCCUUGCUCACCACACACCCCCAGCCCAUGGACCAAGCUUCCCUCAAAAACAGUGAUGUUCUCAUUCUGACUGGCCUUACUCAGAUUCCCACCGCAAACCCAGACGGCAUGGUGGGAGAGUUCUGUAGCAACCUGGCACUGACCGUCCGGAACGGAGGAAACGUCUUGGUUCCCUGCUACCCCUCCGGAGUGAUCUAUGACCUCCUGGAAUGCCUCUACCAGUACAUUGACUCCGCCGGCCUCUCCAGCAUCCCCUUCUAUUUCAUCUCCCCUGUGGCUAACAGUUCACUCGAGUUUUCCCAGAUUUUUGCCGAGUGGCUUUGUCACAACAAACAGACUAAGGUGUAUCUCCCAGAACCGCCUUUUCCUCAUGCAGAGCUCAUUCAGACCAACAAGCUGAAGCACUACCCCAGCAUCCAUGGAGACUUCAGCAAUGACUUCAGGCAGCCGUGUGUGGUCUUCACCGGACACCCUUCCCUCCGGUUCGGGGACGUGGUCCACUUCAUGGAGCUCUGGGGAAAGUCUAGUCUCAACACCGUCAUAUUCACAGAACCUGACUUCUCAUACCUGGAAGCGCUGGCUCCCUACCAGCCCUUGGCCAUGAAGUGCAUCUAUUGCCCCAUUGAUACACGACUGAAUUUCAUCCAGGUGUCAAAGCUGCUCAAAGAAGUGCAGCCGCUCCACGUGGUCUGUCCCGAGCAGUACACGCAGCCGCCCCCAGCGCAGUCCCACAGGGUGGACCUGAUGAUCGACUGCCAGCCGCCCGCCAUGUCCUACCGGCGCGCCGAGGUCCUGGCGUUGCCCUUCCGGCGUCGCUACGAGAAGAUCGAGAUCAUGCCGGAGCUCGCGGACUCGCUGGUGCCCAUGGAGAUUAAGCCUGGCAUUUCCCUGGCAACCGUGUCGGCCGUGCUGCACACGAAAGAUAACAAGCACGUCCUUCAGCCCCCGCCCCGGCCCGCCCAGCCCACGGGAGGGAAGAAGCGAAAGCGGCCAAGUGAUGACAUUCCAGACUGCAAGGUUCUGAAGCCUUUGCUGAGCGGCUCCAUCCCCGUGGAACAGUUUGUGCAGACCCUGGAGAAGCACGGCUUCAGUGACAUUAAGGUGGAAGACACAGCCAAGGGCCACAUCGUCCUGCUGCAGGAAGCAGAGACGCUCAUCCAGAUUGAGGAAGAUUCCACCCACAUCAUCUGUGACAAUGACGAGGUGCUCAGGGUGCGCCUGCGGGACCUUGUCCUCAAGUUCCUACAGAAGUUCUGAGCAGAGCCGCCUCCCCCCUGAAACCUGCCAGCUUUCGCGGCAGGGCCCACCCCGGCUGCAGGGGGCGUGAGGCCAGGCUGCUCCCUGGGGUGGCCUCAGGCUUGAGGACAAAAGCAGCAGCUGCUGAGGAACAUGACCAGGAAUUACGGCCGCGAUCUUCCGGGCUGGCUCCGUGGCACUGUUUCAGGUGAGAGCGUCCCCUUCCAGCUGGACUCGUUUUCUUCCUGACCUGGCUCUCGGGCAGCCGGAUGGGGAGGUGGCAGCGAGCUGAGGACGGCAGGAGAGUGACAGUGGCUCCCAGGGGCGCAGUGGUGGGAGGGGAGUGAAAAGGGAUGACACGUGGCCUGGUGUCUGUGGCUUCACAGGCCCCGGGCAGGGCAGCUAGUCUUUGACUUCGUUAUUUACUCGUCUACAGUGCUGUACCUCGUAAGAAAGAUGAUACCCCCAAAACUAGUAAAAUGAACCCAUGUAUUGGUAUUUUAUAUAAUGUGAGCCCAUUUGCUACUAAAAUUUAUUUUUUUAUAGAAGUA